AUUUUGUUCUUGUAACAUGGAAGGCAAUGGGACUGAUAUUUUGUUGUGAUGCUUUGUUUUAUACUGACGCUGAAGUUAGAUCCUGGCGUGCUCUUGUUGUUGGAACAUAGUCAUGCUGUUUUAAGGAAUCCAGGUAUAUGGUCAUUUUAUCCUGUUACUAGUCACUACUCAUGAUGUGAGGACAAAGUUAUCAUGUAAGCCUCUUGACGAAGGUUACGACUAUCUCAAGCAAACAGAGAACAAAUCUCGCCCCAUGUUUCCGGGUUUUGCAUCAUAGUCACAUGCCUCAUUUGCAUCAAAUAUCAAUCAUCGUCGACCAUCUUUCGUUGUGGCCAUUUCAUCUAAGAAAUUUUCGGGCUUAAGAAAAAUGUCAAAACCUCCUUGAUUAAAAGGGGGCAAAACAGAAAAAAAAUCUCAAAGCAUUGCCUUAGGAUGAUUUACUGUUAUACUUUGCUGGAAAGCAUUGCACUGCAAUUAUGGGAAGUUAGAAUUCAUGUCUCUAAUGAUAUAUCUUACGAGGGUUGAUAUCUUAUCAUGUCGAAAGCGAGGGUAUGUAUACUCCGAGGCCCACCCUCCAUGUCCAUGAUAUUGAUGUUGAGUUUGAAGCACUCAAAAAUUGUCACACAAUCACAUCGAUGACCCAGCGAGCGAGUGGCCCACUGAUGGCUGUUACCCAAAGCGAGUGGCAUCUUCUUUAAUUUAUCGGAAAGGAAGACUGUGCUUAAAGAGAGCUCCUCUCUUUCCAAUAUUCAUCUUCGAACGGCGACGCAUCAUUCUCUCUGGUUGGACGAACCCUAGUGUCACACUCUCACUCACCUACAUGGCGCGUGUCACACACAUCCCAGACUCUUUCCCUGACCUUUCGGGUUUCAAGUUUCAUGAUAUGCUUCUACUCAUUGUACUAUAUUGAUGUUGGUUUUUAAGGGUGUUUUUGUUGCUGGGUUUGACUGUUUGAGAAAUAAAACUACAUACACAUGAAGUUAAGCAACGGAAAUUAUAUUAUAAUAUAUAUAUAUAUAUAUAUAUAUAUAUAUUUAGAAGAGUUUUGAGGCUUGAAUUAUACUGAGGAGGAAAGUUAAAAGGGAAAGUGGGAAGGAAGAUGAAAAAAGGCGAUACCGGCGGCAACAACGUAAUUUGGCUAACAAAACUGUAAUCGCAACUACUACCACUUCACCUAGAGAUUGCUGUUCCUUAUCCUUUUUAUUUCUAUUUCCACCAGAAGGCAAUCGCUCUCAGAUUGAGUGGCUGAAAUCUAAUCAUUCUUGGUACAGUUUCAGCGGCUGCUAUUUGGGUUUUGUAGAUCAGAACCAGAUCUUGUGACUGCCAUCCAGCUGUAUUUGCUUCUAACUCUUCAAAAAGAAGGAAGAUGGAAAUAUGAGAUUUGUCACCAGACGAAGCUGCUUGGACGACUCUGUUCAUGGCUUCUCCCAUUUGAAAUCUCAUGUUUUGAUGAAUAAAGAAAACAUCAUUGUCUCGUGAUGAUGGAGAUAGAAAGCUUCUGGACGUUAUGUUUCAUUAACUUCCUGGCUCUUCCUCCAACUUAGCUAAUGCAUUGUUGUAUCCUGGCGCAUCUGCAUCUUGGGACUUGGGUUUGAUGCUUUUCUGAAUCCUGGAACGAGUUUCAUUUAGUAGUUUCUUCUGAAGUGCAUGACAUUAAUCUUUUGUGGAGCCAACUGGAAGUUAUGAUCAAACAGAUAUUAAAUAGGCUGCCACGUAAGCCCUCCAAAUCAGUGGAAAAUCGAGGAGGGGGAACGUUGACAGCCUCUUCAACUGCUUCUACCAAUGCAAGAAGCAGUGAUUUAGCGAAUUACCAUUCUGGGAAUUCAACUGCGUCAUAUAUUUCAGGCCUUAAUUCUUUUUCAAGUCUUGGACUAAAUCAUGGUGACAAGUUCUUUGUAGCUGUGAAUUCAAAGCUUAACGGGAGUUUGUCUGCUUCUUCUUAUGAAGCCUUGCCAAGUUUCAGAGAUGUUCCAAACUCAGAGAAGCAGAACUUGUUUAUCAGAAAGCUGCAAAUGUGUUGUGUUGUUUUUGACACUGACCCAAUGAAGAACCUCAAAGAAAAAGACGUUAAGCGACAGACAUUAGUAGAGCUUGUGGAUUACAUUUCCGCGUCUAAUGGCAAAUUUACUGAAAACAUGAUGCAAGAAAUUGUAAAAAUGGUGUCCACAAACUUGUUCCGCAAACUCACUUCUCCCCCUUGUCAAAACAAAGUUCUAGAAGCCUUUGAUUUGGAAGAGGAAGAGCCUUCAAUGGACCCUGCAUGGCCUCAAUUGCAAAUCGUGUAUGAAUUCCUUCUAAGGUUUGUUGCAUCACCUGAGACUGACGCAAAGUUAGCAAAAAGGUACAUUGAUCAUUCAUUUGUCCUUAGACUGUUGGAUCUUUUUGAUUCAGAAGACUCCAGAGAGCGGGACUACUUGAAGACAGUUCUUCAUCGCAUAUAUGGGAAAUUUAUGGUGCACCGCCCAUUUAUCAGGAAAGCAAUCAACAAUAUAUUUUAUCGGUUUAUUUUUGAAACUGAGAAGCAUAAUGGGAUUGCAGAACUGUUGGAGAUUUUGGGAAGUAUAAUCAAUGGCUUUGCUUUGCCACUGAAAGAAGAGCACAAGCUCUUUCUUGUGCGAGUGCUUAUUCCUCUUCAUAAACCAAAAUGCAUGCCUCUGUACCAUCAGCAGUUAUCUUACUGCAUUACACAAUUUGUGGAAAAAGACUGCAAGCUUGCUGAUACUGUUAUACGGGGUUUGCUAAAAUAUUGGCCCAUUACAAAUAGUUCUAAGGAGGUUAUGUUUUUAGGUGAACUGGAGGAAGUCUUGGAAGCCACUCAACCUGCGGAGUUUCAGAGAUGCAUGGUUCCCUUGUUCCACCAAUUAAGACGUUGUUUGAGCAGUUCGCAUUUCCAGGUAGCUGAGAGGGCUUUGUUCUUGUGGAAUAAUGAUCAUAUUGAGAACUUAAUCAAGCAGAAUCGCAAGAUCAUACUUCCCUUACUGUUGCCUGCUCUGGAGAAAAAUGCACAAAACCACUGGAACAAGGCUGUCCAGAGCUUAACAAUAAAUGUCCGCAAGAUCUUCUUUGACGUGGAUCCAGAGCUCUAUGAGGAGUGCCUGCUCAAGUUUGAGGAAGAUGAAGCACAAGAGAAAGAUAUUAAGUUAAAGCAAGAGGCUAAAUGGAAAAGGUUGGAAGAGAUAGCAGCCAUGAAAGCUGCUAGCAAUGAGCCAGUUCUAGUUUCGCCAAGAAAUGCCUCGCGUGCACCAUCUGGCUAGGCAAAUAGAGCUUUCUUUCAGUCCAGCUGUUCCUUGAUUUUUGAUCUUGCAGAGCAUGAGAAUCUAAGGAAUGACAUUUAAAGCAGCUCAUGGUUGGUUUUCUUGGUCAUAUACAUUUAAGUUGCAAGGUCAAGGAUGGGGCUUAGCAAAAUGGCUCCAUUUUAUUUGUAAAAUAGCUCCCUUCGGAUCCAUUCUCUCACCUCAGAUAACAAGCAUUUGGUGUGUAUAUAUGGCAUUGGGUGGACAAAAUUGGGUGGUUUAGCCCCGGGUCUACCAGGGAAUUUGCUUUGUAAAGCCUUUUCAGCUUGAUGCUUUUCAGAAUCGCAAAAUGGCCUAUAAAAUCGUAUCUGUAUAGAACUAGCCAUUGUUUUAGUGUCAGGUAUGGGUUGUUUCGCCGUUUUCUUGUGGGGUGACAUUUUAUAUAUAGUACCAUCUUAAGCAGCAUUUUCCUCA